AUGCAUCCAAAAACCGUCGCCCAACUGACCAGCUCUACUCUCGCUACCAUCUGUUCAGUCAACACCUUGACGUCGGCCUCCAGCAACUCAACCGAGCAACAGCCGGAGGGAAGUUUCUCGGCAGCCCCAGACGGUACUUUCGUUUCCCAUAUCAGCGCAGACUAUCGGAGCAUGGCUGCAUCACAAGGGGGAGCGUCUGGAGUGAACUACUUUGAGAACACACCCGCCCAAGCAGGAAAUCAGCCGAACGGUCGGAUUGCUCGCAAGGAGCAGGGACGAUCAGGACAGGCCGAAGAGAGAGAGAAAGGAGAGAGCAAGGCAGUAGAAGGGGAGAAGUGA